GCGCUGGGUGCUCAGUGGCUGUGUCUGUCGGCUGAGCUGGGUGCUGGCGGCUUCCUGCCAGCUUUCUCUGGGAUAGUUACAGAGAGAGGUGAAUAGUUAAACAGAAGAAAGGAAUCAGAACUGUGAUUAUCAUUGGGGGGGGACCCUGCAAAUCUGCUUGAAACCAUGACAACGCCGCAGCGGAAGGAUUUGGAUAAAUACAGAGAUCUAGAUGAGGAUGAACUUCUUGGAAACCUUUCUGAAGCUGAUCUAAAACAACUGGAAAAUGUCCUCGAUGAACUGGACCCAGACAAUGCAUUGUUGCCAGCAGGAUUUCGACAGAAAGAUCAGACGGGAAAGAAAGAAACGGGUCCUUUUGACAGGGAACGCCUAUUGGAAUAUUUAGAGAAAGAUGCGCUGUCUCAGAAGGAUAGAGACGAUUAUGUACCAUUUACUGGAGAGAGAAAAGGCAAAGUAUUUGUUCCCAAGCAAAAACCCAUGGACUUCCGUACAGAAGACAAAAUUGCUCUUGAUCCAGAACUGGAAGAGGCAUUGACCAGCGCCACUGAUACUGAAUUGUGUGACCUUGCAGCUAUCCUGGGAAUGCCUAAUCUGCUACCAAACAAUGGCACCAGUAAUGGGUAUGAUAGCCAAGGAUUUCCAAACGUGGUCAAAGCAGAACCAAUGAGACCUGUUUUUGAUGAACCUCCAAACCCAACCAAUGUAGAAGAGACUUUGAAGAGAAUCCGAAAUAAUGAUCCCCGUCUGGUGGAAGUAAACCUGAAUAAUAUUAAGAAUAUCCCAAUUCCAACUUUGAAAGAAUUUGCAAAAGCCUUGGAAUCAAAUACCCAUGUUAAAAGUUUCAGUGUUGCAGCGACAAGAAGUAAUGAUCCUGUAGCCGCAGCGUUUGCUGACAUGUUAAAAGUAAACAGAACUUUGAAAAGUCUGAACAUCGAAUCAAACUUUGUAACUGGGGUUGGCAUUUUGACUUUGGUAGAAGCACUAAGAGAUAAUGAAACUCUACAAGAAAUCAAAAUUGAUAAUCAGAGACAACAGCUAGGGACUGCUGCAGAAAUGGAAAUGGCACAACUACUUGAAGAAAAUACAUCAAUCCUCAAGUUUGGCUACCAAUUUACACAGCAAGGACCACGGGCAAGAGCAGGAAACGCGAUAACGAAGAAUAAUGAUCUUGUUCGCAAAAGAAGAGUUGAGCAAGAUUAACUGUGCCACUUAACGAGGGAAAACUGUUUAGAGAUCUCAAGAACAUACAUGAUUUAUCUGCCCUUUGGGCAUCAUGAUCUCAGACUACAUUGGCUGGGAAGAAGGGAAGAUACUGGAAAAAUCGCAGGCUCAUCAUUCUUUUCAUUCACCUGUUAUUGUCAUAUACCCAACUUCUUUUUUUUUUUUUUUUUUUUUUU